UAUGUAUACUCGAUCUAGUUGUAAGUUGUUGUCAUGUAGCUAACUUCAGAAUCUUACUCACUAACACUUCGAGUUUCUUCUCAUUGGCACAAAACUUAACUCCAUUCUCUUUUUCUCUCUCUCUUCUAUCUUUCACCAAAAUGCCAUAACUCUCUCUUCCCCUAUAUACCAAAAAUUAAUCUGUAUCUCUCUAUCCAUCAAGAGAGAGCAUCACAAUGGGCAAACAGAGAAGAACCAUGAUCUCAUUUACUCUGUUUCUCACAUUGACAAUGAUGUCAUCACUCAUCAAUGGCGAUACCGACUCAAUUCAACUAAACGACGACGUUUUAGGACUCAUCGUCUUCAAAUCAGACCUCAACGACCCAUUUUCACACCUUGAGUCAUGGACCGAAGACGACAACACUCCUUGUUCAUGGAGUUACGUCAAAUGCAACCCCAAAACAUCUCGAGUCAUCGAGCUUUCUCUCGACGGUUUAGCCUUAACCGGAAAAAUCAACCGCGGAAUCCAAAAGCUUCAACGUUUAAAAGUACUCUCACUUUCCAACAACAACUUCACCGGAAACAUCAACGCUCUCUCAAACAACAACCAUCUCCAAAAGCUAGAUCUUAGCCACAACAAUCUCUCCGGUCAAAUCCCUUCUUCUCUCGGUUCAAUAACCUCCUUGCAACACCUUGACUUAACCGGAAACUCCUUCUCCGGUACACUCUCUGACGAUUUGUUCAACAACUGUUCCUCUCUUAGAUAUCUUUCUCUCUCCCACAACCACCUCGAAGGUCAAAUCCCAAGUACUCUGUUUCGAUGCUCUGUUUUAAACAGUCUCAAUCUUUCAAGAAACCGUUUCUCCGGUAACCCUAGCUUCGUCUCAGGAAUCUGGAGACUUGAGAGGUUAAGAGCUUUAGAUCUAUCUUCUAACUCACUUUCUGGUUCAAUACCUUUGGGGAUACUCUCUCUACAUAACUUGAAAGAGUUGCAACUACAGAGGAAUCAGUUCUCUGGAGCAUUGCCUUCAGAUAUUGGACUCUGUCCUCAUUUAAACAGAGUUGAUCUAAGUUCCAAUCAUUUCUCUGGUGAACUUCCAAGAACUCUUCAGAAGCUGAAAUCUUUAAAUCACUUCGAUGUAUCGAACAAUUUGCUCUCCGGUGAUUUCCCGCCAUGGAUCGGUGACAUGACCGGUUUAGUACACUUGGAUUUCUCCAGCAAUGAGUUAACCGGAAAGCUUCCUUCUUCUAUUAGUAACUUGAGGUCUCUAAAGGAUCUAAACUUGUCUGAGAACAAACUCUCCGGCGAGGUACCUGAGUCUUUGGAAUCAUGCAAAGAGCUUAUGAUUGUUCAGCUUAAAGGCAAUGACUUCUCCGGUAACAUUCCUGAUGGUUUUUUUGAUCUUGGUCUUCAAGAAAUGGAUUUUUCGGGUAACGGUUUAACCGGUUCGAUCCCAAGAGGCUCAAGCAGGCUUUUCGAGUCACUCAUAAGGCUCGAUCUUUCGCAUAACAGUCUCACUGGAAGUAUACCUGGUGAAGUAGGACUCUUCAUCCACAUGAGAUACCUUAAUUUAUCAUGGAACCAUUUCAACACAAGAGUUCCUCCUGAAAUUGAGUUUCUACAGAACUUAACGGUAUUGGAUCUUAGGAACAGUGCACUGAUUGGUUCGGUUCCUGCUGAUAUAUGUGAGUCUCAGAGUCUUCAGAUACUUCAACUGGAUGGUAACUCACUAACCGGUUCUAUACCGGAAGGAAUCGGAAACUGCUCUUCUCUUAAAUUGUUGAGUUUGUCUCAUAACAAUCUUACCGGUCCUAUUCCUAAAUCUCUUUCAAACUUACAAGAGCUCAAGAUUUUAAAGCUAGAGGCUAAUAAGCUUAGUGGAGAAAUACCGAAAGAGCUUGGGGAUUUGCAGAAUCUGUUAUUGGUUAACGUUUCGUUUAACCGACUUAUCGGAAGGUUACCAUUGGGAGAUGUGUUCCAAAGCUUAGACCAGAGUGCUAUACAAGGAAACCUAGGUAUUUGUUCACCGUUGUUGAGAGGUCCUUGUACACUGAAUGUUCCAAAGCCUCUUGUCAUCAAUCCAAACUCCUACGGGAAUGGGAACAAUAUGCCUGGAAACCGAGCAAGCGGUGGUUCUGGAACAUUCCACCGCAGAAUGUUCCUGAGUGUUUCAGUGAUUGUAGCAAUAUCAGCUGCGAUUCUCAUCUUCUCUGGAGUCAUAAUUAUAACGCUGCUUAACGCGUCUGUUAGAAGACGGCUUGCAUUUGUAGACAAUGCGUUGGAAAGCAUUUUCUCGGGGUCUUCGAAAUCAGGAAGAAGCUUAAUGAUGGGUAAACUUGUUCUGUUAAACUCAAGAACUUCACGUUCCUCGUCUUCGUCUCAAGAGUUCGAAAGAAACCCAGAGUCACUUCUCAACAAAGCUUCAAGAAUCGGUGAAGGGGUUUUUGGAACAGUCUACAAAGCACCUUUAGGAGAGCAAGGGAGAAACUUGGCUGUUAAGAAACUUGUCCCGUCUCCGAUUCUUCAAAACCUAGAAGAUUUUGAUCGCGAAGUUCGGAUAUUGGCGAAAGCGAAGCACCCUAAUCUAGUAUCGAUCAAAGGGUAUUUCUGGACACCGGACUUGCAUCUUCUGGUAUCAGAAUACAUCCCCAAUGGAAACUUGCAGUCCAAGUUACACGAACGAGAACCCUCAACACCGCCUCUUUCUUGGGACGUAAGAUACAAAAUCAUCCUCGGUACAGCUAAAGGACUCGCUUAUCUCCAUCACACAUUCCGUCCAACAACCAUCCACUUCAACCUGAAACCGACAAACAUCCUCCUCGACGAGAAAAACAACCCGAAAAUCUCUGAUUUCGGGCUAUCUCGUCUCCUAACAACACAAGACGGGAACACAAUGAACAACAACAGGUUUCAAAACGCUUUAGGCUACGUAGCGCCUGAACUAGAGUGUCAGAACUUAAGGGUCAACGAGAAAUGCGAUGUUUACGGGUUCGGGGUUUUGAUACUCGAACUGGUGACUGGUCGGAGACCGGUGGAGUAUGGUGAAGACAGCUUUGUGAUACUUAGUGACCAUGUUCGAGUUAUGUUAGAACAAGGGAAUGUGUUGGAGUGUAUUGAUCCUGUGAUGGAGGAACAAUACUCUGAAGAUGAGGUUUUGCCUGUCUUGAAACUUGCUCUGGUCUGUACUUCUCAGAUACCUUCGAAUCGGCCAACAAUGGCCGAGAUUGUUCAGAUCUUGCAGGUCAUCAAUUCUCCUGUUCCCCACCGUAUCAUGGAUAGUUUCUAAACAUCUUUGUGUUAUAGUUAAUUUUUCAUUAGCUUUUCUUUUUGCAAAUUUUACUUUGUCUGUGUCUUUUGUUGUGGUCUUUGUGUAGAGAUUGCUUAUUUCACAAUGCUACGCUUUCUGUUCCUUCGUUAUCAUUAUCGUAACAAUCAUUGACCAUUGCUAUCGUGACAUUAAUAGUUUUUUUCUUUUCUUUUAUGAGAAUUAAUUCUACAUGCA